CUUUGUAGUUUAAAACUCCUCAAGAACUACAGAAACACUAGUUUUAUCUUUUUAUUUUGGCUAAAAACACAUUCUUCUUAAAAGUCUAGUCUAGUUUUAAGUUUUUGUAAGGGAUUACUUUAAUGGGAUCCUUUCCAAAAUCAAAUGGGAUGGGAAGUUCAGCAUUGCUGGAGACAUCAUGUGGCUAUUUGCUACAAGAAUUGAAGAUUAUAUGGGAUGAAGUAGGACAAGACCAGUUUGAGAGAGAUAAAGUUCUGCUGGAACUUGAGCAGGAAUGCCUUGAAGUUUAUAGGAAGAAAGUUGACACUGCAAACAUUUCUCGAGCCAGACUGCAUCAGCAGCUCGCAGAAUCUGAAGCUGAAUUCACUCAUCUCCUGCUGUCCCUUGGCGAAAGAUCACUCCCUGGAAGGCCAGAGAAAAUGACAGGAACACUGAAGGAGCAAUUAAAUUCCAUAACCCCAGCACUAAGAGAGAUGCAGUUAAGGAAAGAGGACCGAGUUAAACAAUUCAGAGUGGUGCAAGGACAAAUCCAUAAAAUUUCUGCAGAGAUAGAUGGUCGGACGGAGUACAGUGACUCACCAUCAGCUGUUUCAGUUAAUGAAAAUGAUAUUUCACUCAAAAAGCUUGAGGAAUAUCAAAAUGAGCUUCAGAGACUUCAUGCAGAGAAGAGUGACAGACUUCAGAGGGUGGAAAAAUACAUCAGCACAAUAAAACAAUUGUCGGCCACAUUAGGAAUGGAUUCCUCACUAACAAUAACCAAAGUACAUCCAAGCUUGAACGAGCUGUCAGGAUUGUCAAAGAACAUAAGUGAUGCUAUUCUAGAAAAGCUUGAUAGCACCGUGAAAACACUUGAAUCAGAAAAGCAAACAAGGCUUGAUAAGCUUCAACAACUUGGUAAAUCAUUAGCUAACCUGUGGAGUCUCAUGGACACAUCCUACAAAGACCGUCAGCCAUUUCUCCAUGUCACCGGUCUAUCAUCAAUGGCAUCAGCUGAGAUAUCCACUCCUGGAAGCCUUACCCCAGAAAUAGUGCAGCAGGCUGAGACUGAAGUCAAGAGAUUGGAUCAAUUAAAAGCAAGCAAGAUGAAGGAGUUUUUCCUCAAAAGGCAAUUAGAACUUGAAGAGAUAUGCAGUAGAUCGCACAUGGAAAUACCUUCAAGAUCAGACAUGGAAAAAAUAAUCAGCCAAAUAGACUCAGGGGAGAUUGAUCAUGCCGAUCUCCUCACAAGUGUGGAUGAACAGAUAUCAAGAGCUGAAGAAGAAGCUGCAAGCCGAAAGAUGAUUAUGGAGAAGGUUGAAAAAUGGAUAUUGGCACGGGACGAGGAGCGCUGGUUGGAGGAGUACAGCAGGGAUGAAAAUCGUUACUCAGUUAGCAGAGGUGCUCACAAGAACCUUAAAAGAGCAGAGCGCGCUAGAGUGAUGGUGAACAAGAUACCAGGUCUGGUGGAUUUGCUCAUAUCAAAGACUAAGCAAUGGGAAGAUGAAAGAAAGAAAGUUUUCUUGUACGACGAGGUUCCUCUACUUGCAAUGCUCGAAGAGUACAAUAUGGUGAGGAAGGAAAAAGAAGAAGAAAAACAUAAACAAAGGGAGCAAAAGAAAGCACAAAGUAAAGUAGUAACCGAGCAUGACAGCCCCUUUGGACCAAGGCCGGGCACCAGCAGUCGGCGCCUCUCAGAUAGUAGCAUAAAUGGUGGCCCGAGAAACACAAUUCCAAUAAACCGAAAGCUAAUCUUACAGCAGAUGGGAACCAGCAUCAACACACCUGCUCAAGGUAUAUCAUACAUGAAAGGAGGAAAUAAGCCACACAGACAAAGGACAAACACUCCAAAAGAAUUUGCAUACCAUCUCAGAGAAGAUACUGUUUCAGUUGUGUCGUCGUUUUCUGGCCCCUUUUCCCCUUAGGACAAUAGAGUGUCCACGAAGAUUUCAUUUCAAUUCACCACUAUCUUCAUGCCCCUUAUCACCAUUAGUGCAGAAAUAUUUGUCAAACCAAUAACAUGGAUCACCUCUAGUUUGUACAGAAUCCAGUAUCACACCAUUCAUAAAUCUGAAUAAGCACUGGGUUUAGAAGUUUUGAUUAAACUUGUUCAGUUUAAUGACUGAUCUCCCACUCAAAAGAUGCUAGA